AGUCUAUCCGCAAUAAUUCUCGUUUUCUCUUCUCCCCGCUUCUUUCCUCUUUCUCUCCCUCACGACAUUGAACAAUUCGUUUCUUCCAUCUUCUUCCCCUUUUCCUGCUUCUCUCUCUCUCUUAUCACCUCUUGCUUUCUAUCAAACAAGACUCUUUCUCAGCAAUACCCACAAGUCAUUUUACGUGUUUUUCUCUUCAUCUUUGGAUUGGGAGCUCGAUUUUAUGGUUACUUCUUAAUCGUUAGAGAAACGUACGGUGUAUUGGAAGAAAGGUAAAACAUUGCGUUUUUGUGGGUUGAGGAGGUUACCUUUGGUGCGUCCUAAUGGGAAACUGUUUAGAUUCUUCUGCAUCUAAAGUGGAUGCUACGCAAGGUUCACAUACUCCUUCUGGGGCAUCAAGAAUUUCCAGCAAAACCAGCCGUUCUUCAGUUCCUUCUACUCUGACCAUCCCAUCUUACAGUGGAAGGAGCAAUUUUGAGUGUCUUCCUACUCCAAGGACUGAAGGUGAAAUAUUGUCAUCCCCAAAUUUAAAAGCCUUCUCAUUCAAUGAACUAAGAAAUGCCACCAGAAACUUCCGCCCCGACAGCCUUCUAGGUGAAGGUGGUUUUGGUUAUGUUUUUAAAGGAUGGAUUGAUGAAAACACAAUGACGGCUGCAAAGCCUGGAUCUGGAAUUGUUAUUGCUGUCAAGAAGCUGAAACCUGAAGGUUUCCAGGGCCACAAGGAGUGGUUGACAGAAGUUAAUUAUCUUGGCAAACUUCAUCAUCCAAAUCUGGUCAAGCUGAUUGGUUACUGCCUGGAGGGUGAGAACCGGCUUUUGGUGUAUGAGUUUAUGCCAAAAGGGAGCUUAGAGAAUCAUCUGUUCAGAAGAGGGCCUCAGCCGCUAUCAUGGGCGUUGCGAAUAAAAGUGGCCAUAGGUGCUGCCAGAGGGCUAACUUUCCUUCAUGAUGCAAAAUCGCAAGUCAUAUACCGUGAUUUCAAGGCUUCUAAUAUUCUACUUGAUGCGGAUUUCAAUGCAAAACUAUCUGAUUUUGGUUUAGCCAAGGAAGGACCCACUGGUGAUAGAACUCAUGUGUCCACUCAAGUCAUGGGUACUCAUGGCUAUGCAGCCCCGGAAUAUGUUGCUACAGGUAGAUUGACAGCCAAGAGUGAUGUCUACAGCUUUGGGGUUGUGCUGCUUGAACUACUGUCUGGAAGGCGUGCUGUUGAUAAAACAAAGGUAGGUGUGGAGCAGAAUCUGGUAGACUGGGCAAAACCCUAUCUUGGUGACAAGAGAAAAUUAUUCCGGAUAAUGGACACCAAGUUGGGGGGCCAGUAUCCUCAGAAAGGCGCCUAUGUGGCUGCUAACCUUGCCUUACAGUGUCUAAGCUCUGAAGCCAAAGUUAGGCCACGAAUGUCUGAGGUGUUAGCAACAUUGGAGCAAAUCGACUCCCCAAAAACUGCAACCAAGCAUUCCCAGUUAGAGCUUCAGACUGUUCAUCGGAAAUCCCCAAUGAGACGUCAUCAUUCUCCUCUUAAUUUAACGCCAAGUGCAUCUCCAUUGCCAUCCCACCGCCCAUCUCCACGAGUACGCUGAUCAAGACAUGCCUGUAAAUUUUAAAUUCACUUGCAUAUGUUGUAAGAUCUAAUUUGGCGCGUAUCUCGCAGCAAUUUUGCAUUUCAGUUAUGUAAUUACGUCUCCAAUGUCAAUAGCCUUGUUGCUUGAUACGUGCAUUCUUGGUUUCAUUCACCCAGUUAAUCAAUGUGAUAUUAUUUAGCCUGUCUUGGUCA